AUGCUUCCUCUCUUCAUCAAGAUGCUUCCUCUCUUGAUCAAGAUGCUUCCUCUCUUCAACAAGAUGCUUCCUCUCUUCUUCAAAGUACUUCCUCUCUUGAUCAAGGUGCUUCCUCUCUUCAACAAAGUGCUUCCUCUCUUGAUCAAGAUGCUUCCUCUCUUGAUCAAGAUGCUUCCUCUCUUCAACAAGAUGCUUCCUCUCUUCUUCAAAGUACUUCCUCUCUUCAUCAAGGUGCUUCCUCUCUUCAUCAAGGUGCUUCCUCUCUUCUUCAAAGUACUUCCUCUCUUGAUGAAGAUGCAGCUUCCUCUCUUCAACAAAGUGCUUCCUCUCUUCAUCAAGGUGCUUCCUCUCUUCAUCAAGAUGCUUCCUCUCUUCAACAAGAUGCUUCCUCUCUUCUUCAAAGUACUUCCUCUCUUCAUCAAGGUGCUUCCUCUCUUCAUCAAGUGCUUCCUCUUCUUCAAAGUACUUCCUCUCUUGAUCAAGUGCUUCCUCUCUUCAACAAAGUGCUUCCUCUCUUGA